AUGCGUUUUACUGGUAUCGUCGCUUUUGUUACCGCUACAUGUUUGACCGUCACUCCGGCAAAUGCCGCUGGCUGUAUCGGCUGCGCUCCGUCGGCGCCCAAGGAGUACGACUGCGCCGUUGAAAUUCGACACAAAGAGCUUGAAGAGCCUUUUCUAGAAAUUCACGCUAAAUUCAAUGACGUGAUCCCAAUCGGGGUUGGCCUCGAAACCCGGAGAAUUUGGCUUUGGCAAUGCUCGGUAUUGUGCGAUGACGUACCAGCCUAUUGGAUUUUGAAGACCUGGGCGCUAAGAGAGUUGCCGUCAAUAACCCCGGAAUAUCAUAAGGAGUGCAUAGAUAAAGCCCACGAAGCUAAGGGAUCCAAAUCCAAGGGAUCCAAAUCCAAGGGAUCCAAAUCCAAGGGAUCCAAAUCCAAGGGAUCCAAAUCCAAGGGAUCCAAAUCCAAGGGACACUAG